CUUCACACAAAUAAUAAUAUUUAUUCAAAAUACACCAAAAUUAAUAAAAUACAUAGAAAAUCAUAUUGAAAUGACUAUAAGGCAGUCUUUUAUUGAUUCUUUUAAUCAAGUUGCUGUGAAUUAUGUGAAAUAAAUUGUUAAAAGUAAAUCAAGCAAAUCAAAACGCGUAAAAUAAAUUUGCACUGCGAAAAUUUGAUUUUAAUCAUGAUUUACAAUAAUUAAGUCCUAAAAAGCUGAAAAAAUCAAUCAACAUAAUUAAAUCUCAAAAGAUUGAGUUAACGGUAUUAAUGAUCAAAGAAAUGGAUAUUCUGCUUGACACCAACUGCUCCCCAGCAAGGUUGUCGCAUAUUUCUGAAAAACAUCCAAAAAUUACACUCGCAGAACUAAAUGUUCUACGUAGACACAGAGAAUUAUGUGAUGUGGUCCUUAAUGUUGGAAGUCGAAAGAUUUUUGCUCAUCGAGUCAUCCUUUCAGCCUGUUCUGCCUAUUUUAAAGCAAUGUUUACUGGUGAAUUAGAAGAAAGCAGGCAAACUGAAGUCACUAUCAGAGAUAUAGACGAAAAUGCUAUGGAACUGCUAAUUGAUUUUUGUUAUACAUCACAUAUUGUUGUUGAGGAAUCCAAUGUUCAGUCAUUACUUCCUGCCGCUUGUUUAUUACAGUUAUCUGAAAUUCAAGACAUUUGUUGUGAGUUCCUUAAACGUCAAUUGGAUCCCACAAACUGUCUUGGAAUUCGUGCUUUUGCUGACACUCAUUCGUGUCGAGAGCUUCUAAGAAUCGCUGAUAAAUUCACACAACAUAACUUCCAAGAAGUCAUGGAAUCUGAAGAAUUUCUCUUACUUCCCGUUGGUCAAUUAGUCGACAUCAUCUGCAGUGAUGAAUUAAACGUGAGAAAUGAGGAACAAGUCUACAACUCAGUCUUGUUAUGGUUAAAAUAUAAUGUUGCUGAACGAAGACAGCAUUUAGCACAAGUAUUACAGCACGUUCGAAUGCCAUUACUAAGUCCAAAAUUUUUGGUCGGGACUGUUGGCAGUGAUCUCCUCAUUAGAAGCGAUGAUGCAUGUCGCGAUCUAGUUGAUGAAGCUAAAAACUAUUUACUUUUACCUCAAGAACGUCCAUUAAUGCAAGGACCUCGAACAAGGCCAAGAAGACCAACAAAACGUGGAGAGGUGCUCUAUAGUGUUGGCGGUUGGUGCUCAGGUGAUGCUAUAGCAUCCGUUGAACGUUUCGAUCCAAAUACUUUGGAAUGGAAGAUGGUUGCUCCAAUGAACAAACGAAGAUGUGGAGUUGGAGUAGCUGUUUGUGCUGAUCUUCUUUAUGCCGUUGGUGGACAUGAUGGCCAAAGCUAUCUCAAUUCAAUUGAGAGAUAUGAUCCACAGACUAAUCAAUGGAGUUGUGAUGUUAGUCCCACAACAAGUUGUAGAACUUCUGUAGGAGUUGCUGUUUUAGAUGGUUAUCUUUACGCUGUUGGAGGUCAGGAUGGAGUGCAGUGCCUGAAUCAUGUUGAAAGAUAUUGUCCAAAAGAAAAUAAAUGGACGAAAGUAGCUCCGAUGGUCAGUCGCAGAUUAGGAGUUGCGGUAGCAGUUUUAGGCGGUUUUUUGUAUGCAAUUGGUGGAAGUGAUGGACAAACACCUCUAAAUACAGUCGAACGAUAUGACCCAAGACAGAACAAAUGGUCAAUGGUAGCUCCAAUGUCAACCAGACGAAAGCAUCUUGGCUGUGCAGUUUAUAAUAAUUUUAUUUAUGCAGUUGGAGGACGAGAUGACUGUAUGGAACUGAGCUCUGCUGAACGAUACAAUCCACAUACAAAUUCAUGGUCACCAAUUGUUGCUAUGACAUCCAGAAGAUCUGGCGUUGGUCUAGCGGUUGUCAAUGGUGCUCUUUAUGCUGUCGGAGGCUUUGAUGGAACAGCUUACUUAAAAACCAUUGAAGUUUAUGAUCCAGAUGCAAAUCAAUGGCGAUUGUGCGGCUGUAUGAAUUACAGACGACUUGGAGGAGGUGUUGGAGUAAUGAAGGCACACAGAAGUGAAACUGAGAACAAUUACAUGUGGUGAGUCAGGGAUGAUUCAUCACAGAAGCUUAUUGUUCGUGAUGAAAAGAUUAAAUACAAGAAGACGUAUGACAAAAUCGUAUUUAAAUGAUAAUCUAGAAUUGAUCUUAAAACUCUUGUUGGACAAAUUAAGUUAUUUUUUUAAAAAAGAGAACAUGAUAGUUAAAGGACUUCCUUAUUGUAAGCAAAAUCAGCUUAAUUACAUCAAAUUUUAACCACAAUAACUAAUCAUAGAUUUUAAAAGGACAUAAUAUAUUCAAAUUAAAAGCACGCAUAUUUAUCAUUGUAUAUAUCAUACAGCUUGAUUAGCUAUGUUAACUACUAAGUCACCUUAUUUUUGAUUCAAAUUGUAAUUAUGCUUUAGAAUAUUAGAACCUAAAAGAUUUCAAAUAUAUUCUAUCUACUAUAUCACAAAAAGUAUUGUUUUUUAUUAAUCGAUGGCAUACAUUUCAGCUCUGGAUGUCAACUUCCAGCUCUGGAUGUCUCAAAUUUCAAAAACAUAAGAUUUCGCUGAAUUCAGCUGAGUACUGGCAAGUCAUUGUGUUUUCAGAAAAACAUGAUAU